CGUCAUAUUGCGUCCGAAAAAUUACACAAGCUGUUAGUGUUAAUAAAUCGUUGAUAAAUGGAUAAUUAAUGGCUAGUGAAAAUCCAGGCUGUUGUGUUUGGCUAAUAAGUUUCAAGAAAUCUUGCAACGAAAGGUUUGCAAGAUUUCGAAACCGCUUGCGCCAAAGAUAUUAUUCAAGAAGAGGCAAGACUCUUGACCCGGAAACCCUAUUAAAUGAAACAGGUACUGCCGACAUGGUCGUCGUGAAGACGGUCAGCAAGUCAAACAAAGUUGUUCCUGAAAUGUCAUCUACGACAGACGAUGCUGUUGAUGCAACAGUGACAGAGACCGAAACAGACGACAGACUUGUCGCAGAAUAUGUGCCAUGCAUCAUAGACAAGGCAGCCGACACUCUGAGACAGGAGUUUCCUAGCAACACAACCGCCAUAACAGUGAAGUCAGCUGACGACAACAUAUCAUUGUCCUCCAGUAUCAUUAGCCACAUUGCUGAUAUGGCUGUAACGGAGAGUCUGUCAAAUAUUGUGAUGGAUGUCGACAUUAACCACUCUGCUAUUAGAGCUCCUAAAACUGUCAAAGAAUUCAAAGAAGCAUUUGGCAUAACCGGAUAUGACGACAUUGAUGACGGUCUUCCACCUGUAAGCGUGUAAGAGCAGCAAGUAUACAAGAACAAAAAAGCAACAACGUGUGUCUGGGUUUUUGUUUAUUUGUUGUUGUUGUUUUUUUUGUUGCUGUUUUGUUUUGUUUGUUUGUGUGUUUGUUUUCGUUUUGUUUUCCAUUGUUCUAUUUUGUGUGUGUAUUUUUCUUCUCCUCGUUUUCCAUUUCUAUCUUUUUCUUUUUUCGUUUGUUUUUCAUGUUCUGCUUAGGCAUCGAUUUAAUAUCUAAUAUAUUUUUGUCAUAAAAAAGUUUCUGAAUUUUAUUUUCACCAAUAAAAUCCAUUGAAACAUGCCUUU